AUGGCCAACAUUCCUGAUCCCACUGCUGAUUUGGACUGGACCUACGAUGGCAGUAUCAUUGAACACUUUGCCCGAAAUGCGGAAGCACACCCCGAGAGAACUUGUGUGGUAGAAACCAAGACUUCAGAAGCCCCAGAGAGGCGAUUCACAUACAAGCAGAUCUAUGAAGCUUCUAAUAUCUUGGCCCAUCAUUUGACCGAGGCCGGAGUUACCAAUGGCGAUGUCGUCAUGAUCUGGGCUCAUCGCUCUGUCGAUUUGGUCGUGGCUAUCAUGGGCACUCUUUCCUCUGGUGCUACAUUUUCAGUUCUUGACCCUCUUUAUCCCCCUAGCAGACAACAAAUCUAUCUUGAAGUUGCUCAACCUUGUGCUUUGGUCAACAUUGCAAAGGCGUCCGAUGAAGCUGGACCGCUUGCUCCCCUCGUCAGAAGAUAUAUCGACGAGGAGCUAAACCUCAAGACCGAAGUUCCCUCACUAAGAAUCGGAGACGAUGGUAUCUUGGCAGGAGGUGAGAUCAAUGGAGCCGAUCUUUUUGCUCAAGUUCGACCCAAGGCUGCAUCUCGCCCCGAUGUUACUGUUGGCCCUGACAGCAACCCCACUUUCACCAGUGGCUCGGAAGGAAAGCCCAAGGGUGUCUUGGGACGCCAUUACAGUCUCUGCAGAUACUUCCCUUGGAUGUCCGAGAGAUUCAACUUGACAUCCGAAAGCAAGUUCACACUUCUUUCUGGAAUCGCCCACGACCCUGUCCAGCGAGACAUCUUCACACCUCUCUUCCUUGGUGCCCAACUCCUGGUACCCUCCAAGGAGGAUAUUCAACAUGAAAAGCUCGCCGAAUGGAUGCGUGAGCACAAGCCCACCGUCACUCACCUGACACCAGCUAUGGGUCAAAUUCUGGUAGGAGGUGCAACGGCCGAGUUCCCAUCGCUCGACAGGGCAUUCUUUGUUGGUGAUGUCCUCACCACCAGAGAUUGUCGACAGCUUCGAAAACUCGCCGAGAAUGCCAACAUUGUCAACAUGUAUGGAACAACCGAGACACAAAGAGCUGUCAGCUACUUCGAGAUCCCCAGCCGCUCCAAGGACCCCAACGCUCUGGACGUUCUCGGAAACACCGUGCCAGCCGGUAAGGGAAUGCAGAAUGUGCAACUCCUUGUCAUCGACCGCCAAGACCGCAACAAGAUUUGUGGAGUUGGUGAGGUUGGUGAGAUCUACGUCCGUGCCGCUGGUCUCGCCGAGGGAUACAGAGAUAACGCAGCACUGAACGCGGAAAAGUUCAUUACUUCUUGGUUUGUUGAACCUAACAAGUGGGUUGAGGCCUACGCGAACUUGAAUAAGGACGACCCCCGACUCAAGGGAUAUGUUCCCCGUGACCGUCUUUACCGCACAGGUGAUUUGGGGCGUUACCUUGAGUCUGGCGAUGUUGAAGCUACCGGUCGAGCCGAUGACCAGGUCAAGAUUCGAGGUUUCAGAAUCGAGCUUAACGAAAUUGACAGCAACCUCAGCCAGAACCCAUUGAUCAGAGACUGCAAGACUCUUGUGCGAAGAGACAAGAACGAGGAGCCAACUCUCGUCAGCUACAUCGUUCCUGAGUUGAACGAGUGGCCCAAGUUCCUCAAGACCCAGGGGCUUGAAGACGUCGAGGAUGAGGGAACCGAUAUCGGACCUACCAAGGUUUACUUCAAGCGUUUCCGACGUAUGCAAACAGAGGUCCGCGACCAUUUGAAGGGUCGAUUGCCUGCCUAUGCGGUCCCUACUACUUAUAUCACAUUGGAGAAGCUUCCUCUGAACCCCAACGGAAAGGUUGACAAGCCCAACCUGCCCUUCCCUGAUAUUGCAGAGCAGACCGAAGAUGCCACUGAGGAGGAUCUGAAGCGUUGGGAAGGCCUUACCCCCACAGAGCAAACAAUUGCCACAAACUGGUCUGAACUCAUUCCCGGUCUCAACGCAAAGACCAUUGCUCCCCAGAACGACUUCUUUGAUCUUGGUGGCCACAGUCUGCUUGCUCAGCAGAUGCUUCUGAGUGUGCGAAAGACAAUCGGCGCAAAUGUCUCUAUCAACACCCUUUACGAGCACCCCAGUCUUUCCGGCUUCAGUGCUCAGAUCGACAGGCAACUCAAGGGCGGAGUUGGCGAGUCAGAGGAGGAUAAGAAUCCCGAGUACGCUCGAUCCCUCGACGAACUACUCAAGGGACUCCCUUCCAAGUAUCAGUCGGCCGACCCAUCUACUAUCCGUGCCAAGGCUAAGCCUGUUGUGUUCCUUACCGGUGCCACUGGCUUCUUGGGUGCCUAUCUGAUCAAGGAUAUCCUCUCACGUACCAGUCGUCAAAUUCAGCUGAUUGCCCAUGUUCGAAGUGUCAAGGACCCCAAGGGUGCAUUCACUCGUCUUCGUCGAUCACUUGAGGGUUACGGUAUGUGGCGAGAUGAGUGGGAGUCCCGCCUGAGCUGCGUUGUUGGCGACCUUGGUCAGCCAAACCUUGGAAUCGAGUCAUCCGUGUGGAACAACCUGGCUCAGACUGUUGACGUGAUCAUUCACAACGGUGCUGCCGUCCAUUGGGUCAAGCGAUAUGCCGAUAUGAAGACCGCCAACGUCAACUCUACUAUCGACGCUAUGAAGCUUUGUAACGAAGGAAGGCCUAAGACCUUUACCUUUGUGAGUUCGACCAGUGUACUUGACACUGAUCACUAUGUCAACCUCUCGGACAAGCAGAUCAGUACUGGUCAGGGCUCCAUCCUUGAGGAGGACGAUAUGAUGGGCAGCCGCACUGGUCUUGGAACGGGUUAUGGCCAGACCAAGUGGGUUUCAGAGCAGCUUGUUCGUGAAGCCGGACGAAGGGGUCUUCGCGGUACCGUUGCACGACCAGGAUACAUUCUAGGUGAUAUUGAGACUGGUGUCUGCAACACUGACGAUUUCUUGGUCCGAAUGCUCAAGGGCUGUAUUCAGCUUGGCGUUCGGCCUCACAUCGUCAACACAGUCAACGCUGUACCCGUGAACCACGUCGCCAACGUUGUCGUGGCUUGUGCGCUUAACCCCCUGCCUAACGGUGUUCACGUUGCUCACAUCACUGGUCACCCUCGUCUGAGAAUGAACGAAUACUUGUCCAGUCUUGAGUACUAUGGUUACAAGGCCCCCGAGGUCGAUUACACUCAGUGGAAGGACGAGUUGGAGAACUACGUCACAGCCGGUGGACAAGCCAAGGAUCAGGAGCAGCAUGCUCUGAUGCCACUGUACCACUUCUGUGUCAACGAUCUCCCUGCCAACACCAGAGCCCCUGAGCUUGACGACUCGAACACCGUCAAGAUGCUCAAGGAAGACGCCGAGCACUGGACCGGCAUCGACGAGAGCUCAGGAUACGGUAUCUCACGAACCGAUAUCGGACGAUUCCUGCAUUUCUUGGCCGAGACUCAGUUCGUCUCUUGGCCUACAGGAAGAGGCAGGCCACUUCCCGAGGUUAACCUGACAGCAGCACAGCUCGAGGCUGUUGGUGCUGUAGGUGGCCGUGGUGGUAGCGGUGCUCCUGCUGCUACUGCUGCCGCUGCCAAGGUCUAA